ACAUUUUGAUUCUGCGGGACCGUAGUAAUAUGUGAGGAAAACUACAGCAAUGCUUUUCAAAGUACAGUACCAAGGAAAGAAGAAGUACAUCAAACUCAAUGGAGCAUCAUAUCCAGCAUUUCUCAGGGAGGCUAAAGAGAAGUUCAGCAUACCCCCUGAGACAAACAUGUAUGUGCUGGAUGACAGUGGAACAGAGGUUGAUGAAGAGGUCUUCAGCGACAUCUUGGAGGAAAAAGCAGACAUCCUGUGGACCAUUGUUAAUGUUCUUUCAGUUUCUGACUCUCCCAUCCAGUCCUCGUGCACAGACACCUUGUCACUAUCAUCACCCUCAUCGGACAGUGAUGCUUCUCUGAUGUCCCCAAAAAGACAGCGCAUUGAUGACGCCUUUGUGAUGUCCCCAAAAAGUCUACAUACUGAUGACAGUUCUUCACAAGCCAAAGAGCUUGUCAAAAGAAUUCUGGAACAAAAGCCUGGAGGGGAGAAAAUCCUUGCAAAAUAUGCAAUGACAGGAGAGAUGAAGGACCGAGCACGCCGUGAUCUUGUCAGCAUUGUUGUUGCUGAAAUGUUUGAAAAGUAUGGACGUGCUCCCCCUAUGGAUAAAAGAGCACAGUAUGCAUUGGGGAUAGUAACACUGUUCCCCUCUCUAAAAGAUCCCUACUCCAAAAAAGGCUAUGAACACUUUUUUGACAUAGACAGCAAUGAGGGCUACAUUGCCUGGAAGAUUAAAAACACACAGCGAGAACUCAGCAAUGGCGGUACCAAUGGGGGUAGGAGAAGGAGCUCUCAAACUACAGGCAGCAGCGGACCAAACUUAGAGAGAGAAGUGACUAAAGUGCAGCAGUUGGAGGGAGACCAGUGUCGUGAGGCCAUAUCUCUACUGAAACACAGCACAGACAACGAACAGAUCUUCAUGAAAAUGAGAGAAACCUUCCAGCACAGGCAAAAGUUGAUCCAUGAUCCUGAGCAGUGCAGCACAGUGCUUACUGUGUUCCCAAGGUUUCUUGACACAAAAGGCCUGGUAAGUUUUUUUUUUUUUUUUGUAAGCACAUUUAUUAUGUUUUUGCAAAUGUCAAGAACAGCUGUUCAAAGAUGA